AUGGCGCCAAAACCACCGUCGGGUACUUCGUCAAGAGCUUGGGAUGGUGUGACACCUGCGCUGUCGGAAUGGGUGCUGGACGCAGUCUCCUCCAUGGGCUUCACCCGCAUGACCCCAGUCCAAGCAUCAGCCAUUCCUCUAUUUAUGGCGCAUAAAGACGUCGUUGUCGAGGCGGUCACAGGAAGUGGGAAAACACUAUCAUUUCUCAUUCCGGUUGUGGAGAAGUUGUUACGCCUUGAGGAGCCCAUUAAAAAGCACCAUGUCGGAGCGAUCAUCGUCUCCCCGACAAGAGAACUUGCUUCACAGAUCUACAACGUACUUUUAUCGUUGCUCGCGUUUCAUUCUCCCUCGGCCGCCCUUAUCAACCCCCCCAAAUCCGACGAGGAUGCACCCCGCCCCAAGCACUCUUCUUCAAUACUGAAGGUCGUGCCGCAACUCCUCCUCGGCGGCUCCACGUCGCCUGCGGAAGACCUAAGCACCUUCUUGAAGCGCUCCCCGAACCUUUUGGUAGCCACUCCGGGAAGACUUCUGGAACUACUUUCUUCGCCUCACGUACACUGCCCACAAUCUUCCUUCGAGAUGCUGGUACUGGACGAGGCGGACAGGCUGUUGGAUCUUGGGUUCAAGGAGUCAUUGCAAAGUAUCUUGCGCAGGCUACCCAAGCAGAGACGAACCGGCUUGUUCAGCGCUAGUAUCAGUGAGGCUGUCGAUCAGAUUGUCCGUGUGGGCCUGCGCAAUCCCGUCAAAGUCGUGGUCAAGGUUAAAGGAACAACAGGGGCUGUUGAUAAGCGCACUCCGGCGAGUCUUCAAAUGACCUACAUGACCCUUCCUCCUACUCACAAAUUCCCCGCCCUAAAACGCAUUCUCAACUCUGUGGAGCCGACCCCUCUCAAGUCAAUAUUCUUCGUAUCAACCUGCUCAGGCGUCGACUACCUCUCCGUAAUUCUCCCAUUAAUACUCGGCGAUGAGUUUCAGUUAGUGCCACUCCACGGCAAGCAUCCUGCGAAUGUGCGCCAAAAAAACUUUAACCGUUUCGUCAAUUCGCACACACCGGCCAUCCUACUCACAACAGAUGUCGCAUCCCGUGGACUUGAUAUUCCUUCCGUUGAUCUCGUUGUUCAAAUCGACCCUCCUUCUGACCCAAAAACUUUCAUCCAUAGAUGUGGUCGCGCAGGGAGAGCCGGUCGGCGAGGCCUCAGUGUGGUUUUGUUAAAUCCAGGCAGAGAGGAAGACUACGUUUCGUUCUUAGAAGUACGACAGACUCCAGUUGCUCCAUUCCCCCAAGAAAUCACUAUCUCCGAAGCCGAGGCCGUUGCUGCUACAGAAGCUGCCAGGAAAGCUGCACGGGCAGAUCGCGCGAUUCAUGACCGAGGGCAAAAGGCAUUUGUCAGCUGGUUAAGAAGUUACAGCAAACACCAAGCAAGCAGCAUAUUCCGAGUUGCGGACCUGGAUUGGGAAGGGUUAGGGAAAGCCUGGGGGCUAUUGAAGCUCCCAAAGAUGCCUGAAUUGAGGAAUUUCACAGGCGAUCGGACUCUGGGAGUGAAUCUCGACUGGGAUACUUACGCUUACAAGGACAAACAACGAGAGAAACGUCGUCUGGAAGUACUUCAGGAGAUGGCCGAGAAUCCUCAGCAGUCAUCAACGACUAAGAAACGGCCAAACGACACCGUCGCAUGGAGUAACAACGCUGAAAACAGAAACAAGAAGCUGCAACGGCGAGAGAAGAAACACGUGCGCCAAGAGAAGAAGCGCUGGGAUCAGAUGACGGAGGAAGAGAAGCGGGUGGCUCUGGAGACGCAGAAGAUGGUGGAACAGAUCAAGUCAAAGAACGACGAAGAGCGACGGCUCAAACGAGCUGCGGCCAAAGCCGACAAGGCAGCUGGUGGAGCAGCCGGCGGGGAGGAAGAGUUUGAAGGCUUUGACUAA